AUGAGCAUCCGGACCCCACCCACACUGGAGAAGCUGGCAAGGAAUGUGCUGCUGAGAGAUGAGGCCUUGGCCAUCUCUGCUCUGGAAGACCUGCCCAAGAUGCUCUUCCUACCACUGUUCCAGGAGGCCUUCAUUUGCAGACUCCCUAACAUUGUGAGGGUAAUGGUGGCAGCCUGGCCUUUACCCUACAUCCCUGUGGGGACCUUGAUGACCUCCGGCAACCUGGAGUUUUCUCAGGCUGUGGUGGAAGGACUGAGGGACCUGCUGAGACAGCAGGAUCACUCCAUGAGGGGGAAUCUUCGAAUACUGGAUUUUCGGAGGGUGCACCGUGACAUCUGGACCAUAGAGGCUGGGACAGAAGAUGGGGACUGCUCAGCUGAGACUGUGAGUGAGAAGCAAGCAGUGAAGCCCCCUCCCAGAUACGAGCAGAGGCAGCAUCUGAAGGUGAUAACUGACCUCUACUCCAGGUUCACACAGGAGGAAGAAGAAACAGAUUUCUUGCCUGGGGCUCAGCAUAGAAAAGACUCCCUACAGCUGUGCUGUGUGAACAUGAAGAUUGUGUUAUUGUCUGAUGAUCAUGUCAGUAUGUUCCGGAAAAUUAUCGGGCUGUGGAAUAUUGAGGUGUUAGAAUUCACCAUAGAUUGGAGUUGGAGUUCUCUGUUACGAUUUUAUCCCUACUUCGCGCAUAUGAGAAAUCUUCACACACUUUCUCUGGUCUGGAUCAACAAGAACACAUUUGAGCAUGCCUAUACAUCAGACUACAAGUGGUUUGUUCGCACUUUCAUAUCUGAGCUCUCCGAACUAACCCUUUGGUCUCUGCCUAGGAACCUGAAGAAUCGCCUGGAAACCUUCUCUGUCACUCACUGCCAGCUGUUUCGGUCAGACUUGUAUCAUUUGUCCCAGUGUCGGCGUCUCUGUCAACUAAAACAUCUGGACAUGAGUGGAGUCCUACUGUCCAAUUUCUGUCUGAUGCCUCUCAGGGUUCUCCUGCAGAAAGUGGCAGACUCCCUUGAGACUCUGGAAUUGGAGGGGUGUGGGAUAAAGGACUCUCAGCUCAGUGUCCUCCUCCCUGCCCUCAGCCAAUUCCCCAAGCUCACAAAGGUCAAUUUCUAUACCAAUGACUUCUACAUGAAUGUCUUGAGUGGCCUUCUCCACCACACAGCCAACUUGAGCAACAUGGCCAUGGAGCAGUACCCUGCCCCUCAGGAGUGCUAUGAGCUGGGUCUGGUCUCCAUAGAGAGAUUUGAACAAUUUUGCCCUGUGCUCAUGGAUACCCUCAAGGCCAUAAGGCAGCCCAAGAGCAUCUCCUUUGCUACAGAUGUCUGCAGUAGAUGUUCUAAGCGCUGUGUGUAUGAGCAGGAGACCAGGCUUUGUUCUUGCUUGCAGUAAAUA